AUGAGGUUGCAGGACCUUGUGAGAGCCACAAAAUUUGGAGAUGCUUGCACAUACCACCCAGGUGUUCCAGUCUUUCAUGAUGCAUUAAAGGGUUGGUCUUGCUGUAAGAGAAGAACAACUGAUUUUUCUGAUUUCUUAAGCAUUGUAGGCUGUACAAAGGGUAGGCAUAAUAGUGAGAAGCCACCUGAGCCAGUCAAGCCUGAAGUCAAGACUACUGAGAAGAAGGAACUAUCUGAAUUGAAACCCAAAUUUCAGGAGCACAUCAUUCAGGCUCCUAAACCAGUAGAAGCAAUUAAAAGGCCAAGCCCAGAUGAACCAAUAACAAAUUUGGAAUUAAAAGUAUCUGCCUCCCUAAAACAAGCACUUGAUAAACUUAAACUAUCUUCGGGGAAUGAAGAAGAUAAAAAGGAGGACCACAGUGAUGAAAUUAAGAUUGGGACCUCAUGUAAAAAUGGAGGGUGUUCAAAGACAUACCAGGGUCUGCAGAGUCUAGAAGAAAUCUGUGUGUAUCAUUCUGGAGUACCUAUCUUCCAUGAAGGGAUGAAAUACUGGAGCUGUUGUAGAAGAAAAACUUCUGAUUUUAAUACUUUUUUAGCCCAAGAGGGUUGUACUACAGGGAAACACAUGUGGACUAAAAAGGAUGCUGGGGAAAAAGUUGUUUCAUGUAGACAUGAUUGGCAUCAGACUGGGGGUGAAAUCACCAUUUCAAUAUAUGCUAAAAAUUCACUUCCAGAACUUAGUCGAGUAGAAGCAAAUAGUACAUUGUUAAAUGUGCACAUUGUAUUUGAAGGAGAGAAAGAAUUUCAUCAAAAUGUGAAGUUAUGGGGUGUGAUUGAUGUAAAACGAAGUUAUGUGUCUAUGACUGCAACCAAAAUUGAGAUCACCAUGAGAAAAGCUGAACCCAUGCAGUGGGCAAGCCUUGAACUGCCUGCAACUAAAAAGCAGGAAAAGCAAAAGGAAGAUACAACAGCUUGAUUGGAGAAAGGAAAAACCACUGCCUGUAUCAGCAUUCUUAAUAAUGUGUGAUGAAUUGGUGGCUUGCUGCUAUAAAUUUUUGUUUUGUUAUUGUUGAAGUCUGGCAUUUCAGGGUCAACAGUAGGAUUUUAAAAACCAAAGUCAUUUUAUAUAUUUGUGUCUCCCAUAUUCCUUUUGAGUUCCAUAAGACUGAUUGUUCAUUUCUCCUCACUAAUGGAACCGUAGUUACGUUCUCUACUUGAAGAAGUUGGAAAUCAGUUCAUAAACAGAGUUGUAGUACUUCUUAGUAUAUUUAUAUUGAACAGAAGAAUAUUAAGGAACUUUUUCUUUUUUCAUAUUUUUCUCUUAUCCCAUAUUUUGUAAAGCAAAGUGGAAUGUCAAAUUUUAAUCAUUUUUUCAUGUAUUUUUAUUCCUGUAGUACUUGAAAAUCUUUAAGGAGGAGAUAAAGCUCUGCAUUUUUUUUUUCUAUUUGGGAUGGUUACUUUUUUCUAGAAGGUAAUGUAGCAAGCAAGGAGGAACAUGUGCAUCAUUAACAAAUUAGAAUUCAGUUACAGUUAAUUGAAUUAAAAUAUUAUUUCAGUGUCCAUAGUACUUGCCAAGCAGUAUGAGGUAAUUGUAUAGGAGGCAUUAUAAAUAAGACUAUUGAGAUAUCAAUUUGGUUGAAAUUCACCAUCCUAUAAGACUAAGCAAUAAUGUUAAGUAUCGUUUUGCUGAUUAUUUGAAGGUCCUCUGUAUAGUGUUAUGACUAAAUUCUACCUGAUUUACAGCCUAAUACUCAUUUAAAGCCUUUAAUUAGUUACAUAGCAAAAGAAAUUUUAUCUGGCCUCAUUGAUGAAAAACUGUAUGUAUAGAACUGUGGAUUCUUAAAGGCUUGUAAAAAUACAUUAGGGUAUGAGAAGAUGUAAAUGCUU